UGCAAUACGUAAGAAAAAAAGCCGUCGAACCCUAACUCCUUCAUCCCCAACUCUUGUGGCGACGGUGACUGUUGUUUUUGGUGCAACGAAACUUCUUCGGGACGCAAUUGUAAAAGAUGGCUAAGAUUAGGCAAUUUGGUAGUGUUCUUCACACUGGUGGAUCGAGUGAUGGCGAGGAGAGAGUUGUCGAAAGUGUAAGACAACAUGUCAGAGAUGAUGAUCGAGCUGUGGGACAGAAUGAUGAUUGUGAGGUUGUUGAAGACGAGGCUGAAGCUGGUUUUGAGAAUGAGGUUGAUGAGAAUGGAAUAGGUGUCGAAGAGGAAAUUGUCGGAGACUUACGAGACCAGUUCAGAGAUGUUGUCCAAGAUGAGGUGGAUAAUUAUGAUGGGGACAGUGGAGAUGACAUUUGGAAUGAUGAUACUAUUCCUGAUCCAUUGUCGUCUGAUGAUGAUGAAGAAGAGUUGGAGCGUAGGGAAGAGGUCGCAAAUACACAAGGCUGUGAAGAGCUUUUGUAUUUGGGAAAAAUGUAUGGUUGUGCAUCUGACUUCAAAGUGGCUCUUCUAAGGUAUUCACUAAGAACAAGGUAUGAUAUCAAAUUGUACAAAUCAUGUGCUAGGCAACUUGGUGCAAAGUGCUCUGAUGUAGAGUCUAAGUGUCCUUGGAGAAUAUAUUGCUCUUAUGAAAGGAGAAGACAUAAGAUGCAGAUUAAAGUUUAUGUGAAUGAGCAUACUUGCUUAAGAUCAGGAUACUCGAAGAUGUUGAAGACAUCUUCAAUUGCUAUGUUGUUUGAAGAAAGGCUAAGACUGAAUCCGAAGCUCACAAGGACUGAGAUGGCUGAUGAGAUAAAGAGAGAAUAUAAUCUAAUUGUCACAGAGGAACAAUGUGGUAAAGCUAAGUCUAAACUUUAUAGACAAAGAAAAGCAAGUCAUGAAGCUCAUUUUUCUCGUAUUUGGGACUACCAAGCAGAGAUUCUUCGCACAAAUCCUUACUCGACGAUGGAGAUUGAAACUGUCCCAGGACCAGUUUUACAGAGCAAACAGAGGUUUAACCGUCUGUACAUGUGUUUCGCAGCUCAGAGAGAGACUUGGAUUGACACAUGUAGGCCAAUCAUAGGUUUAGAUGGGGCAUUUCUGAAAUGGGAUAUCAAAGGACAGUUGUUGGCUGCGAUAGGACGAGAUGGUGACAACAGGAUUUUUCCAAUAGCUUGGGCUGUGGUAGAAGUCGAGAACAACAUCAAUUGGGAGUGGUUUGUUAAGCACUUGAAGGAAGACCUUGGACUACAAGAUGGGGCUAGAUUCACCAUCAUAUCAGACAAACAAAAGGGUUUGGUGAAUGCUGUUAAAAAUGAACUACCUGAAGCUGAUCAUCGUAUGUGUGCAAGACACAUUCUAUCUAACUGGAAGAGAGAUAGUAAGGAUCCAGAGUUAGAGCUUAUGUUCUGGAUCAUAGCACACUGCUACACUAAAGGAGAGUAUGAGGAUGCUUUAGAAGCACUUAAGAAGUACAACAAAGGUGCGCAUGACACUCUUGUUCUCCAAAAUCCUCCAACAUGGUCUAGAGCAUUCUUUAGACAAGGAUCAUGCUGCAAUGACAACUUGAACAAUCACUGUGAGUCGUUCAAUAAAACCAUAAGGGAAGCAAGGAAAAAACCACUACUCGACAUGUUAGAGGAUAUUAGGAGGCAGUGUAUGGUUCGUAAUGCGAAGAGGGCUAUUAUUGCUAGUAGACUGAAGACUAAGUUUACUAAGAGGGCGCAUAC